CCCCUGCGCGCCGGAGGGAGUGGAAGCGGGUCGCGGCGGCGGCGGCUGGGCGAAGCUCCGGGCAGCGCCGACCUCCUCGCUCCUCUCCAGCCGGGCCUGCCUGCGUCUGAGGCGGGCGAGCGGCCGCCGCUGCUGCUGCUGGUGGUGCCGCCGCUGCUGCCGCUGCUGCCAUGGCUGCGGAGGACUCCAGCGCCCUGCCCUGGUCCAUCAACAAGGAUGACUACGAGCUGCAGGAGGUGAUCGGCAGCGGGGCAACGGCCGUGGUGCAAGCAGCGUACUGCAGCCCAAAGAAAGAGAAAGUGGCGAUUAAGCGGAUCAACCUGGAGAAAUGUCAGACCAGCAUGGAUGAACUUCUGAAAGAAAUCCAAGCUAUGAGCCAAUGCCAUCACCCCAACAUCGUCUCUUAUUAUACAUCGUUUGUAGUGAAAGAUGAACUCUGGUUAGUGAUGAAGCUUCUGAGUGGAGGGUCUGUUCUGGAUGUUAUUAAACAUAUUGUGGCAAAAGGAGAACACAAGAGCGGCGUCUUGGAUGAAGCAACGAUAGCCACGAUUCUGAAAGAGGUGUUGGAAGGGCUGGAAUACCUGCAUAAAAACGGACAAAUCCACAGGGAUGUGAAAGCUGGAAACAUUCUUUUGGGAGAAGAUGGCUCAGUCCAGAUUGCAGACUUUGGUGUUAGCGCUUUUUUAGCCACCGGUGGUGAUAUUACUCGAAAUAAAGUGAGAAAAACCUUUGUGGGCACGCCUUGCUGGAUGGCACCUGAAGUUAUGGAGCAGGUGAGAGGCUACGAUUUCAAGGCAGACCUCUGGAGUUUCGGAAUUACGGCAAUCGAGCUUGCCACGGGGGCAGCGCCUUACCACAAGUACCCCCCCAUGAAGGUCUUAAUGUUGACGCUACAAAAUGACCCUCCUUCGCUUGAGACGGGAGUGCAAGAUAAGGAGAUGCUAAAGAAGUAUGGGAAGUCAUUCCGGAAGAUGAUUUCAUUGUGCCUACAGAAGGACCCUGAGAAAAGGCCAACAGCAGCUGAACUCCUAAGACACAAAUUUUUCCAGAAAGCAAAGAACAAAGAAUUUUUACAAGAAAAAAUGUUGCAGAGAGCCCCGACGAUCACCGAAAGAGCCAAAAAGGUCCGGCGAGUCCCGGGUUCCAGCGGGCGUCUUCACAAGACAGAGGACGGUGGCUGGGAGUGGAGCGAUGACGAGUUUGAUGAAGAAAGCGAAGAGGGCAGAGCGGCCAUCUCACAGCUCAGGUCUCCGAGGGUUAAAGAAUCUUCUCAGAAUUCAGAGCUCUUUCCAUCAGCUGAGCCUACAGGCCCGUUGCUCAACGUCCCAACUCCGGCUCCUGCGCAACUACCUCAGCCUACGGGACAAGCCCCUCCUGCACAGCCAACUCCUGCGGUCCCCUCUGCUGCAGCACAGGCACCGUCAGCCCCUGCAGCAGCCCCCGCCCAAGAAGAGACUAAAGUUCCCAUCAGCCUCGUUCUAAGGUUAAGGAAUUCAAAGAAAGAACUCAAUGACAUUCGGUUUGAAUUCACCCCUGGAAGAGACACUGCUGAUGGGGUAUCCCAAGAACUCAUCUCGGCUGGGCUUGUGGAUGGCAGAGACUUGGUAAUAGUUGCGGCCAACUUGCAAAAAAUUGUGGAAGAGCCUCAGACGAACCGUUCUGUCACUUUCAAACUGGCAUCUGGUGUCGAAGGCUCGGAUAUCCCCGAUGACAGCAAACUCAUUGGCUUUGCCCAGCUCAGUAUCAACUAAGACGACACUCCCAGAUGAUGGCCUCCGCGGGUGCAGCUUUUGAAUGCUUCUCUCGGCCUAAAAGCAAAACCACUACUGCCAAAGAACCAAACUUACAGGCCCCUUUCUUCGGAGCGUUGGCCUUCCUUCUUUCCUCAGUAGCAUCACCCCGGCCUCCCAGCGUUGCCCCCUCUUCCCCCACCCACCAUUGGAUAUGGUCGACUCGUCACCUACUCACACUCACUUCUCUCAUUUCCUUCAUCUCAGAUGUGCAUAUUCAUCCCUCCCUUUGCCCGCAUGUUUGUCGUUCAUGAUUGCCUUAACUAUUUAAAAAAGAAAAUGAGAAAUACUACUGAGAGUACGAAACAGGGGUUCCUCUACUCUUAACUUUUCCGCUGCGUGUUCGUUGUUAAUGUUUGUUUGUUUGUACUUUAGACUGACUUCUUUUAGCUUGACCUCAUAGUCUUGUGCCACCACGAAGGAUUUGGCUGGGGUGGUGGGGGCAGUUGUAUUUGGGCCCACCUUAACCACACAGGUUCGAAAAAGCACAGCGGUGGAGAGCAAACUCGUAACUAAAAUGUUAGGAAUCCACCUAAUGAAGUCUUAGGUAAGACGUGAACUUCUGACUGAUCGAUUGUUAAGGGACUCUUUCAAACAGGUUUAGGGCGAAAGAGAAAAUGUUUUGUCGGCCCCAUGAUGAGCCUUCAGCCUGUCUUCCAUCGUUGCACAGAUGGAAAUCUUGGGGAGUAGGAUUCUUGGCUGGGUUUUUUUUUAAGCUUUGCAAUUUCGAGAGCCACUGGUUGUGUCACUCUCUUAUACCACUUGCGCACGCACUUCUAGACACCUUUGCAGGGCACUGCUUGAUUUUAACUCCACCCACGUACGAUGUCACACCACACCCCCUGCACAUAUCACAGUCAGAGGCUAGCUGACCACAAAGUGGAUGAGACUGCAGGCAACCGUUAAGGUUUGUGCCACCUUUUUGUUUUUUCAGUUAAGGAAUCUCUGCCAGGGAGGGCGGCAUAAAAAGAGACAAUAACUUGAUUCCAAAGUGGCAUCUUUUUAGUUGCUCUUUGCAGGCCUUUUAUUCGGUGCCUAUUUUCUCAUCUAGGACUGUUUUGCCGCAGUCGGGUUUCCCAUGUAGAACGGUGCCAAGAGAUGGUACAGGGAUUACUGCUAAUUCCCAGUGUUCCUGGCAGUGGAAAAGUUCUUCAAGAUCAGCGUUUCUGUCCCAGGAAUUUUGGCAUCUUGGAGUUCUUGGGCUUUUUCCAUUCUCAAGACUUUUUAAUGAGAAUUGUCUCCAUGAUAGGUUUAAAAAAAAAAGCGUGACGAUACGUUUAAAGCUAGUUUUAUGCUUCCUUUCAUUUGUCUUGCAUCUUAACAAUGAAAUCCUGGGAACUGUAGUUGUGUUAAGGGGGUAGGAAUCUUUAUGCACCCCCCCCCCUCCAUCUCCCUAGUUGACUACAUUGGGAACAACAUAUUUGGAUUGCCCAUGACAGUGUAAAGGAAUCUUCUAAAAGGGAGACUAUAGAGGUGGGCGCUUUUAACUGGAGCAAGGCGGUUUUGCGUGGUUUAACUUUGUACAGUAGAUACGCUGGUAAAAGCAUAGUGAUUUAUAAAAUUGGAUGUUCUCCAAACAUGGAUAUUCUGAACAAAAGUUAAUCAUGCAGUCUGGCAAUUGGAAGUAAUUUCUGUGUCUCUCUCUGUGCGUGUGUGUGUGUGCAUUUCUGUUUCUUUUGAAGCAUAAUUAGUUUUCUGCAACUGUUUGCAAAAACAGACUGGUUUUUUCAAGAUAAACACACUUUCUGUCCUCUUUCUGUGCAGAUUGGUACAUAAUGGAACCACCCCUGUUCUAUAUUACAGCAAUAAAAAAAUACCCAUAUUGCCGGUAGAUUCAUACCUGGUGAGAUUAAGCUCUGGACCAUGUUGUCCUUUCUGCUGCACUUAACUGCUUGGAAUUUUGCAAUUUUUUUUUCUUUUAUACUCUCAGCCCAAGCAUCAGUUUGAUCAAGACAAUGUAACUGAAACCAAUAGUACUCGUGUUUAGUAUUUUUUAAAGCAAACAACAACAAAAGAGUAUGUGUUUUUCAUUUUUUUGAAUUUCUACGUAUAAAUUAUACCUUUUCGUUUGAAAAAAAAACCCAAUUGUAAUGCAAUAUGUGAAUAAAAAAUGGUGUUUGAUUCCUU